UCCAGUAAUCGUAGUCCUCCACGUCCUCCUGAUCUUCUUUUGCGGUGCAAGGUGUUCUCCUCGAGUGGUUUGUUCAAGUAUUUCCAACCCCUUAUACUCAAGUGCUAUCAUUCAACAAUCUUGCACUCCUCAAAGCCACCAAUUAACGGAAACACGAUGAGCUCCCGUAUCAAACAUGCCGCAGCUGCGCUCAGUGCAGCUAGCGAUGUUAACCUGACAGCUCUAGAGAAGGUGAAGAAAUGGUACGAAAUUGCUGUUGACAAGGAUUACGACGGUCAUGAUGCCAUUCUCUUUUCCAGCAUGGUACUCGAAUCUGCGAGCUUCGAGCCAACGCAUGCAUCUCCUCACAAUGGCAAAACUGUUUACUCGCUCGUUGUUCCACGCACACUAUGCAACUUGGGUGGAAAUCUCCAUGGAGGCGCAGUAGCGUUGAUUUUUGAUAUAUCCACCAGUCUAGCGAUAACGGCGGUCUCGAAACCAGGAUUUUGGGACAGUGGAAAUGUGAGUAGGAACUUGAAUUGUACAUAUCUACGGCCUGUGGCGGAAGGACAAAAGAUAUGGAUUGAGAGUGAGGUUGUGCAUUUGGGCAGACGCAUGGGCUUGACGAGAGCUUUGAUCCGGACAGAAGAUGGGAAAGUGUGCUACACAUGCGAGCACAGCAAAGCCACGUUGGGAGAUCCGAGCUUGUGA